GUUAAACCACUGUAAUUAGUUGUGUUGUGUAUAAAAAAACAUUCACAUUUUCUGCGAGUCUAAAUGCAUCUACAUAAAGUAAAUAUAAGUUUCUAAGAAGUAUUUUCCUAAUGGCUGUUAAGACUGUUCAAGCAAUAACGAGGGAUGUCAAAGUAUUGAUACUGGGAGCUGGAUGCUCUGGAUUAGGGGCGGCUGUUCAUUUCCACAAAAACAACAUCAAUGAUUUUCUUGUUGUAGAAGGAAAUGAUUACAUAGGUGGAAGAGUAAAGUCAGCCACGUUUUCUGGUGAAACAGUCGCCUUAGGGGCCGGUUCUAUUCAUUCAGCUGACAGGAACCAUAAGUUUUACCAAUUAUCCAAAAAGUAUGGCCUGAGAAUGGUGAAAGAUGACUAUUCCGCUAAAAAUGUCGUAUACAGGGAUAUGAGCAACGGAACGAAGUAUGCUGAAGACAUUGUCACCAAAGAGCAUGGUAUUUUUCUGUCGAAGCUAAAGCUGGUGGAUUUAAUGAUGGAAAGAAAAACAAAGCAAGAAGGCUGUUAUAACAUUGACCUUAAAAAGGCUUUAACAGAAGCAGGCUGGACAGCAAAUAACAGGUUAAAAAAAGCAAUCGAAUAUUUUAUAAUUGAAUUUGAAAACGGAGAGGAAUCUGUCAAUAUGAGUGCAAAGAAUUAUUCGUUUACCGGACAAGGUUACGAUGGUACAGACUAUAUCGUAGCAGAUAAACGUGGUUAUAUCCACCCAUUAUUAGAAGAAAUAAAACCAUUUCAAAAUAAAAUACUUUUAAACCAUGGUGUGACCAUGAUAGAAAAACUACAUGGUCAAAAGAAAUACAUUGCCUACUUUGAAAAUGGAAAGUCAAUCACAGCUGAUUACAUACUAACCACGUUCAGCUCAGGAGUUCUGCAAUCUAACACAGUUAAAUUUAUUCCUAAAUUGCCAACAUGGAAACGAGAGGCUUUUAAAAUGGUGCCAAUGAGUAACUAUUCCAGAAUAUUUCUCAAAUUUGAAAAAAAGUUCUGGGAUGACGCAACUUAUAUAAUAUUCGCUUCAAACUUCGGUGAAAAGAACUAUCAUUGGACGAAUUUUAAGCAAAAAGGACUUUAUCCCGACACAAAUAUAUUAUUAGCAACAAUAACUGGUGAGGCCAGCUACAAAUUACAGCACAGAUCAGACAAAGAAAUAAAAGAAGAACUCACUCGUGCUUUGAAAUGUGUCUAUCCUGAUACGAUUGAGCCGAGUGAAAUGUUACACCACAACUUCAGCACUGACCCUCGAUUUAUGGGCGCGUACAGUCACCAUGCAAAUGACAAGACGCGCGAUGAUGUAGUCGCUUUGCAACACCCAGUUGACCAGAGACUGUGGUUUACAGGAGAGUACACAGCCGAUUACGAACUUGGUUACACGCAUAUUGCUUACGAAUUAGGAGAACAGCAAGCUAGGAAUAUUAUUAAGUGCAUGAAUGGUCAACUUCCUGCUGCAGAACCUAAAUUUGAUAUGGAAGAAAAAUCUGAUAACUUAGAUUGAUUUUACUUAAGAACGAACAUUCUUCCGUAUGUUGCUUGAGUUUGCGCUCGCGUUGCAAAUGUGAAUCAGGCUUUAGCAGGGAUGAAGCUGUGAAUUAAUUUUUUUUUUUUUUAGCCAAUUUUUAUUAAAUUCAGUAAUAUUUCAGUAUUCUAGGCUUUUGUUAAAUGUAAUCUGUAAAUAAUUAGUGACUAUUAACAUGGAAACUAUCUGGCAAAGAAGAUUCACGCAUAAGCCAGAAGAUUCAGAAAAUGAUGACAAUAUACUGGAUUUGCAAAUGAAA